AUGGUUGAUCAGGUUCAGCGCCCAAAACUCUUCCAGAAUGUUGCACGCCACACAGGUCUUUCAAUGUACCAACAGAGGUCAUUUGGGAAUUACACCAACCCUGCAUUCCAGUGUCCAGUGAUGCCGGCAUGUGGAGCUACAAUGACUGAUUUCUCUACUAUUGCAACAACAGCUUCCCCUGUUUUUGUUGCAGCUCCCGCUGAGAAAGGAAACUUUGUUGUUGAUUUUCUCAUGGGAGGAGUUUCUGCUGCUGUAUCAAAAACCGCUGCUGCUCCCAUUGAACGAAUUAAGCUUUUGAUCCAGAAUCAAGAUGAGAUGAUUAAAGCUGGUAGACUUUCUGAACCCUACAAGGGAAUUGGUGACUGCUUUAAGAGGACAACUGCUGAUGAAGGUAUUGUUGCCCUAUGGAGAGGUAACACCGCAAAUGUCAUCCGUUAUUUCCCCACUCAGGCUUUGAACUUUGCCUUCAAGGACUAUUUCAAGAGGCUUUUCAAUUUCAAGAAGGACAAGGAUGGUUACUGGAAAUGGUUUGCUGGUAACUUGGCCUCAGGAGGUGCUGCUGGUGCUUCAUCCCUUUUCUUUGUCUACUCCCUCGACUAUGCUCGUACCCGUCUUGCAAAUGACUCAAAGGCUGCAAAGAAGGGUGGUGGAGGAAGACAAUUCAAUGGUCUUAUUGAUGUCUACAAGAAGACAUUGGCAACUGAUGGUAUUGCUGGACUUUACCGUGGUUUCAACAUUUCAUGUGUUGGAAUCAUUGUCUACCGUGGUCUCUACUUUGGAAUGUAUGAUUCCUUGAAGCCAGUUCUCCUAACUGGAUCUCUGCAGGAUAGUUUCUUUGCUAGUUUUGGUCUCGGAUGGCUCAUCACCAACGGUGCAGGUCUAGCAUCUUACCCAAUUGACACCGUCAGAAGAAGAAUGAUGAUGACAUCUGGUGAAGCAGUCAAGUACAAGAGCUCCAUGGAUGCAUUUUCACAAAUCCUCAAGAACGAGGGUUUCAAGUCCUUGUUCAAGGGAGCUGGUGCUAACAUCCUCCGUGCUGUCGCUGGUGCUGGUGUGCUUGCCGGUUAUGAUAAGUUGCAGGUCAUUAUGCUCGGCAAGAAGUACGGAUCUGGCGGUGCUUAA